AUGGUUUCCUCCGCCGUUCCUAUUUCUGACACCUUGAAGAAAAUAUGGGAUAAGUGGAACCUCCGGGGCAUCAUCAUAUUAAGCCUCUUCUUGCAGGUCUUUUUAAUUUUUUGUGCGCCCCUGAGAAAGAGAACAUCAAGCAAAUGGGUGAUCGUGCCCAUUUGGUUAUCUUACUUGCUCGCAGACUGGGCUGCUAACUUUGCCAUUGGAUUAAUUGCAAGCAGCCAAACUGAUACCAACGGUCGCCGAGACAAUGGCGGCCUUUUGGCAUUUUGGGCUCCAUUUCUUUUGAUACACUUGGGUGGUCCGGACACCAUAAUUGCGAUUUCUAUGGAAGAUAACGCCUUGUGGCCAAGACACUUUCUUGGUCUCAUAUUCCAGGUUUUGGCUGUGGCGUACGUCUUCACCAUGCAGUCAACUCGAGAAAACAAGCUAUGGUGGCCAACACUGUUGCUAAUUUUCCCAGGACUAGUCAAGUAUGGCGAGCGAACACGUGCUUUAUAUCUUGCCAGCUUAAGCAGUCUCAAGGACUCCAUACUUGCAGUACCGGACACUGGACCGGAUUAUGCAAAAUACAUGGAUGAGUACUCCUCAAGAAAAGAUGCCAAUCUUCCAAUUCAUAUACACACCCACGAAGGCCGUGGGUCAGCUGAAUCCAAGAUUGAGACUCACCCUGUGGAAGAAGGCCCCGACAACAUUAAAAAUAUUGCUGUGGUGCAGAAGGCUUAUCAAUUAUUUGAAAUCUCCAUGGGUCUUAUUAUAGAUCUUCUUUUUGACUUUCAUCAGCGGAACGAGAGCCGUGCCUAUUUCCUUAGGACAACCGCAGAAGAGGCUUAUACAUUAAUCGCAACUGAGCUCAACUUUAUGUAUGAAGCUCUUUACACUAAAGCUCAUGUGGUGCAUUCUGUGUGGGGAUAUGUUUUAAGGGCUACAUCAUUUGGAACGGUCUGGAUAGCCCUUGGUUUCUUCUAUAAGUUGGACAAACAUGGCUUCCACAGGUUUGAUGUUAGAGUAACCUAUUCCUUGCUCUUGGGUGCCAUAGCCUUGGAUUCAAUAGCUAUUUCGAUGCUUAUCCUAUCUGAUUGGACUGUCGUAAAGUGUGGCCAGAAGUGUUGUUCUUUAGCCACUAUUCUCAUGGACAAACACCUCAACUUGAAGAGAGCUUGGUGGCGUCCUACUGAAAAGUGGAAGAUGUUAUUUGGAAGGUGGUCUGAAUCUGUCUCUACGUUCAGCUUCAUAAAUUAUUCUCUCAAAGAAUGCAGAAGAGUGCCACCUACAGUUAUGGACUAUGUAGGCCUUUUGGGCACUAAAAUAAUCAGAAUCUUGUGGCUCAACGUUAUUUGGGUUGAGAUGAAAUAUAUAAUUAUAUAUAGACUCCGCGACUCUGGGGAACUGUGGAAGUUCAUUUUUGAAGAGUUGAAAAGUAAAUCGGAGGUUGCAGUUGAUCCUCAAAAUGGCAGCAAAAUAUGUUCAGCAAGAGGGGAGUGGAUUCUGAAGAAGUAUAAGGAGAACUACUAUGGGGAUAAGCCACAGGAGUAUGAUAAAUUAAGAUCGCAAGUUUAUCUUGGUGAUGAUGUUACUUAUGACCGACGAAUUCUGUUGUGGCACAUUGCAACCGAGUUGCGCUAUUAUGAUGAGAAGAAGGAGAGCAAUGCUGGUGAUGAGAAGAAGAGCAAUGCUCAUCGAGAGUAUAGUAAGACAUUGUCUGAUUAUAUGUUAUAUCUCUUAGUAAUGCAGCCUGAUUUGAUGUCUUCUGUAGCGGGAAUUGGUCAGAAAAGAUUUUCUGAUACUUUUGCAGAAGCCAAACAAUUCUUUGAAAAAAGGGCACUGAGAUCGGAUGCAACACCAGAAGAUGCUUGUGGAAAACUCCUCAAAGUAAAUACAGAAAUUAAACCCGUUAAUGUCAAAGGGAAUAGAAGCAAGUCUGUAUUGUUUGAUGCAUGUAUUCUGGCAAAGGAGCUGAAGAAUUUGGAAUGGAAAUUGAUAAGUGAAGUGUGGGUGGAAUUACUAUCAUAUGCUGCAAGUCAUUGCAGACCAAGUAGCCAUGCCCAAUUGCUGAGUAAAGGUGGAGAGCUUGUCACUUUUGUUUGGUUAUUAAUGGCUCAUUUUGGCAUAGCAGAGCAGUUCCAAGUGCUAGAGGUCCAAGCAAGAGUAAAACUGAUAGUUGAAAAGCCACCAGGUGAAUCCUUUUCUUGGUCGGGUGAAAAGCCACCAGGGUGA